AUGCUGAUAGAUUUGCAAAAGACAUACAACGAGCGAUCGAGUGUCCUGAAAACAUUGUUCAAUGUUCCCGAAUUACAGAAAACACCGUACGAUUUACGCGCUAUUCUCUACCACGAUAAUAUAUCAAGUGCUGGACACUAUUGGGCCUACAUCUGGGUUGAGCCCAGUGAGCAAAAUCUGUUGUGUGAUAUAGAAACCGACGCAGGAUGGUAUCGCUUCGCUGAUGCCAUCGUUACCCCGGUCACGGAAGGCGUAGUGUUCAAUGACACAACCACCCCCUUUGCAUUGCUCUAUGUCGACCGCCACAUUACCACUGUUUCACAAACGGAUCUAAUUAAUGCGAUACCACAAAGCUUACAGUCAUUCAUCGCUUCGGACAACGAGGAUUUCAUGCGACAAGUGGACUUUGCCAAUGAUCAACAGACACUUGACAGACAAAUGCAUGAUAUGACCUUGGAAGUGGACGAUAAUAUGAAUGACAGACAGCGGUAUUCGAUUGAGAGAUCCAUGUCACCGAUCGAAGAGACAUGGGACGACGAUGACCGAUCCGUUGCCGUUAAUAACCCUUUCAGCAAGAUCCGAAACACCACCAUUGUCCUAAUGCACAGAGUACAGCAACUCGAUGACAGUGAUUACCGAUUCAUGAGAAGCAUAAUCUUUUUCCUUGCAAAGAGUGGAAAUCAGGAAACUUUGGAGCGCAUAUUGCUUCUGUAUGGGCUUGACGACAGCAGCGCGAAUGAAAAGCCGAUGAUAAAUGAAGCCAAGGCUCGCGGGGAUCCCGAUUUUGCCUUGGUGUGGAAUCAAUUUGAGACCUAUGUUUCGAUUGGCCUGACCGUAGCCAAAGCGCUUCGCAGCUUUGCUGAGAAUAAUGAUCAUAUUGCCAUUGACUUGUUUGUCGAAGCGAAGCAACAGGAAGCACAGUGGAAGUCACAAAUGGUACUUGAUCCCAGCAUAUCGGAUCUUUACCGAGGAUGGCAACACUUGUCUUUUGAAACAGUGAUUGAACGAUUUGGCAGGGUGUGCCUCAUGAAUUUGAACAAAGCGGCUUACACCAAAGCGAUGAAUGAAGCGUAUCGAACGCGGGGAUUGGAAGAAGCGAUGCGAGUAGCGCAAAAAGCCCAAGUGAUCAUUGGGCCCGAAAAGAUAUCGGGUGAUUCGUUGUUUGGAGAAUUGGGCGAGCGAUGGUUAAGUUUCACGGGGAUGUCCGAUAUGAACCUCAGUGAUUCCCAAGCAGAACUCCUCAACGCGUUGGUCAUGGGGUAUUUGGAAGGACAGAAUACUGGAAAUUACGAAACUUCCGGUGAUCAAACGCCUUGCGCUUCACCCUUGGACGAUGUCAGCGAUGAACCAGUCUGGUUUUUAUAUAAACAAACAUUAGUAGAAGCAACAUUACGUCUUUCUCGUUAA